GGACUUGAUAAACCACAAUUCCAUCCACUCAGUCACAUCGCCAAAACAAAACGCAUAUAAUUCGUUUCACACUUUCAUCUUCAUCAACAUCAAGAUGCGCUCCGCACUCCUCAUCACGGCCUUUGUCGCCUCCUCGGCCAUGGCAGACUUCACCACCAGCAGCACCGUCGGCGACAGCGACAGCGCCGCCGCCGCCGCCAUCACGCCCGAGGAAUGCGCCGCAAAGUGCUCCGAGGCGCACGACGCCUGCGCGACCAAGCCCGAGGCCAACAUGGCCGAGUGCGCCUCCGAGUUUGCCAGCUGCCUGGGCUACAACCCGUUUGUCAACGGCGACCUCGUCCAGCCCACGGCGUGCUCCCCCCAGGCGCCAUCAUCGUCGUCUCCGUCUUCCUCCGCCUCUGCUGGCGCUCCCUGGCACACCAAGUCUCCCUCUUCUUCUUCUUCUUCUUCUUCUCAUCACCACCAUGAGGAGGAGGAGGAUGGAGAGAAGGACGAGUGCAAGUGCUACGACGAGUACAACCGGUGCCGCGCCGCGCCGGGAGCCAACCUGUCGUUUUGCGCGUCCAACUACGCAGAGUGCCUGGGCUACAACCCCUUUGACGGAUCGCACGACCCGGAGGAGGUCUCUAGCAAGUGCGCCUCUUCCUCCAAGGGAGGGGAGGGCGAGAAAGGAGAAGGCCACAGGCCGCAUCAUAACGAGACGAGGCCCGUUCAGCCUACGCAGCCGCCGGUGAUUUCGGGCGCGGCGUCGGGCGUCAAGGCGCUGGAUGUGUUUGGGUUGCUGGCUGCGGGCAUUGCGGCGCUGUUGUAA